GAGCGCGCGGCAGUAGUGCGCCGCUGCCAUGUCGGGUGCCGCUCGUGCGGGCGUCACCAUGCGGUGCUACGGACCGAUCGUCCUACUGGUCCUGCAUGUAAUAAUUUCUUCACCGGUGUCUGCUGUUGUUUGCAAUCAAACACGAUGCGACUGUGCUGGUAUAAAAGGCGAUCGAGGCGACCCAGGUCCUCCUGGUAUACCAGGAGUGCAGGGUGACUACGGUCCUGAGGGACCUGAAGGUAGAAUCGGAAUCCAGGGAGAACUAGGCGACCAGGGGGACCGUGGUGACCAAGGCGACAAAGGAGAAAGGGGUGCCACUGGACCAUACGGCCCUCGAGGAAGCAAAGGAGUCGAGGGUCUACCGGGUAUAGAAGGAGUGAGAGGUCUACCCGGAUUAGACGGAUGCAGUGGUACAGAUGGAGCAGCGGGGCUGCCUGGUCCGCAAGGAUUCCCCGGUGAUCGAGGCCCACCUGGUCCUGAAGGAGAGAGAGGAAUGCAAGGUUUAGCGGGUGAAGGCGGUGCGAAUUCCCGAGGAGCUAAAGGAGAUACAGGAAUAUCGGGUCGUCCAGGAGGUAUAGGCCCGAGGGGACCUACAGGUUGGAUCGGUGACAGUGGUCCUCCCGGAGAGCAAGGAGAUGAGGGUCCACCCGGACCUCCAGGUUCACCAGGAUACCGCGGUGAACCAGGUGAAGACAUUUACGGACCUCCUGGAAUAAAGGGAGACCAGGGUGAAAGGGGAGAACCAGGAAUACCAGCUCAAGUCGUAUAUGUUGACAUUUUACAAGAAGACGUUACCGUUCUAGCGAAAGGAAAUCAAGGCGAAAAGGGUUUGCGAGGUCAGCAAGGAGAAAAGGGAAUGAAAGGUUUUGAAGGUUCUACAGGAGAACCGGGACAACCUGGCAGUCGAGGUCAACAAGGCUACAAAGGAGAACAAGGAGAUACAGGUCCCAGAGGCAAACACGGUCAUCGCGGAGAUCUAGGUCCUUCCGGCCGUAAAGGAGACAAAGGAGCACCAGGUUACGCUGGUCCAGAUGGCGAUGAUGGUUUAGCGGGUCCACGAGGGGAAGACGGCAGAGAUGGUACACCAGGUGUACAAGGACCGAUGGGGGAGCCAGGAAUAUACGAUGAACGACUGAAUUUACCAUUGCUCCCGGGAUCAAGAGGUCCUCAAGGCCCUGUGGGUUUUCCUGGCCCCAAAGGAAAUGCUGGCUUAGACGGCAAGCCGGGUCCGCCGGGUAUUGUAGGAUUUCCUGGAUUGCCAGGUGUAAAAGGUGUGGCUGGCCGGAUGGGUAUAGAAGGCAAAUCACCUAAAGGUGACCCUGGAAACGAUGGAUUUAAAGGUUUACCUGGUCCUCCUGGGCCCAUGGGAAAAUCAGGGCUACCUGGUGAAUUGGGGCCUAAAGGUUUUGCAGGAGCAACGGAAGUUGGUCCUUUUGGAGAAGAUGGAGAUCCAGGAUCUGAUGGUGUUUUCGGUCAACGUGGUGACAGAGGUUCUCCUGGAUUUAUGGGACCACCUGGUUAUCCAGGACGAGGCGUCCAUGGAGUCGGUCCUCCAGGCGAAGACGGACCACCUGGCUCACCUGGUUUUGUCGGCGAUCCCGGAACAGAUGGUUUUGAUGGAAAUCCAGGACCAAAAGGAAUUCGCGGUGACGACUGCCCUAUCUGUCAAUCAGGUCGUCCUGGCCAAAAGGGUGCCCAAGGUGCUGUCGGAGAACAGGGUGUGAAAGGCUAUCCUGGAUUACAAGGUUUAUCGGGAGCUCAAGGUGUUAAAGGGAUGUCUGGUACACCUGGUAUUAAUGGACCUAUGGGACCUAAAGGGAACAAGGGGCCACCUGGUAUGGCGGGACCACAAGGACCCAAGGGUCGCAAGGGUAUCUUGAUACGACCUCCUCUAUCUUUGACCAUAGCAGAAUCUGGACCCCGUGGAGACCCAGGUUUCAGAGGAAAUCCGGGCCCAGUCGGUGACCCGGGAUGGCCAGGUAGACCCGGAUUAAAUGGUUUAAGAGGUUUAUCCGGACGCCCAGGAAAUGAUGGUUAUCCAGGACAACCCGGAUUAAAUGGAGCCAGAGGAAAGGACGGCGUACCUGGGUUGCCAGGGCAAAAUGCUGAUGUCCUGAAAGUACGUCUUACUGGCCAGAAAGGAGAGCGAGGACUGAAGGGUCCCAUGGGAGAACCUGGUGACGAUGGAAUAAAAGGUGAAGCGGGAGAAGCGCUUGGCUUCGGUAUAAAUACGAAAGGGUCUAAAGGAGACAUGGGCCCACCCGGACCAGCAGGUUUAAAGGGGCGAAAAGGAGAAGUUGGUGAAAUGGGAUAUGACGGUAUACCGGGAGUACGCGGUGAUGCUGGUGAAACUGGAAUAUCAAUACCAGGACCUAUCGGUGCAAAAGGUUUUCCUGGCGAAAAAGGAGAAAUAGGACCCUUUGGAAAUCCUGGUCAACCUGGAGAAAGGGGACCUACUGGGUUUCCAGCCCCGAAAGGAAAGAAAGGAUCGCGGGGCCCUGUUGGUCUUGCCACAAUUGCAGGUGAAAGAGGUUUGGAUGGGCCUAAAGGUGACCAAGGUGAUUUGGGUUUACCAGGAUAUCCAGGUUUAGAUGGAAGGGUUGGAAAUAUGGGACCUAAAGGAGAACCAGGUUUUCCAGGAGACGUAGGACCCCCAGGACCUAUAGGCCCUGCUGGUCGUAAAGGGUUUCCUGGAAUAAUAAUACAAGGUUCAAGAGGUCUCCCUGGUCUACCUGGUUUACCUGGUGCUAUGGGGCUUAUGGGAAAUCCCGGUAUGAGAGGACCUAAUGGUGCACCAGGUGGAAUUGGUUUCAAAGGCAUAAAAGGAGAAGCUGGCCGCGUUGGAGCUAGAGGAGCGGUCGGAUUCAGUGGUAGUAUCGGAAGAGCAGGCCAUCCAGGAGAAAUGGGACGUCCUGGUGCAACAGGGCCUUUCGGAGAUAAAGGAAUGCCAGGUGCAGCAGGAUAUUCGGGUGUUCCUGGACGGCCUGGGCUACCAGGUCCAAUAGGUUUAAAGGGUUUAAAGGGUGAUGAGGGAUUACCAGGGGAACCUGGCUUAGAUGGAUGGAAGGGAACUAAGGGACAAAUAGGUGCUUUUGGACUGAGAGGCCUUAAGGGACAGCCAGGUGAUGAUUCAAGCAUGGGUAUGAAAGGAGAACAAGGAGAUAAUGGCAGUGAUGGUAUUCCUGGAACACCAGGACUGUUAGGAGUUAAAGGAAUAAAAGGAGAUAAAGGUGAUGAUGGAAAAACAGUUCGUGGAUAUGACGGAGAAAAGGGACCAAGGGGUGAUGAAGGUCCCAGGGGAUAUGAGGGCUUCAAAGGAAUAAAAGGUCGAAUUGGUGACAUUGGAGAUAGAGGCUUAAGAGGCAUUAAUGGUGAUAUCGGUCCUCAAGGAGUCCCCGGUUUCUACGGAAAAAAUGGAUCUGUUGGGCUUAAAGGUUUAAAAGGAGAUGUAGGUUUUACAGGACGAAAAGGUAGAAAAGGUGAGAGGGGAUUCGUUGGUAAGUUUGGCAGAAUUGGAUUACCGGGAAUUCCUGGUGACAGAGGACCACCUGGUCCAUUAGGUUUAAUCGGUGAAACGGGAGAAAAGGGGGUACAGGGUGAAAUGGGUCCUAUUAGUUAUUCUCCUGCUACGAAAGGAGAUAUGGGACCAACCGGAAGAGAGGGUUUCCCAGGACGACCUGGAGAUGAUGGAGAUGAUGGAAUAGAAGGACUCAAAGGAGUUAAAGGAAUACAAGGUGAUAUAGGACAAACAGGGGAGUAUGGAGAUGAUGGAAUUCCUGGAUUAAAAGGCAUUAUUGGAAAUAUUGGUGCACCAGGUCUUCCUGGGUUAGAUGGAAUAAAUGCUGAAAGGGGUGAACCAGGCAAGAAUGGAACGAAUGGACUUCAAGGUUGGGUUGGAAAUAUGGGUCAAAAAGGUGUGUUAGGGGAGUAUGGAGUGGAUGGUCCUGAAGGUUCUCGGGGUCCACCUGGUAUUUCUUUUAACGGCCCCGUUGGAAUAAAAGGAAUUAAGGGUAAAACAGGUAGACGUGGCAAAAGUGGUUUACCAGGACUACGUGGACAGCAGGGACUCCCCGGUAAUUACGGAAUACGAGGCGAUGUUGGCGAACCCGGUUUUGCCAUAAGCCCUAAAGGAGAACAAGGAGAAAUAGGAUUCCCUGGAACUGAUGGUAGUAAGGGUGAAAGGGGUGAGAUGGGAGAGCCAGGAAACUAUGGAUUCCCAGGAUUACAAGGACUAAAAGGUCUUAAAGGAUUUACAGGAGAUAAAGGUAUACAGGGCCGACGUGGUAACCGUGGCCGGCAGGGCGUCAAAGGGGAUAAAGGAAACACAGUACAUCCUUAUGAUGUUCCUCCUGGGCCUCCUGGUGAUAUUGGUCCUGCUGGUUUUGAUGGAAAACCUGGCGAAAUGGGUGAACCGGGUAGUUUUGGUUUCGAUGGCAGGCCUGGUAUGAAAGGAGAGAUAGGAAUGAUUGGCCAACAAGGGCCUGUGGGAUACCCAGGACAGCCCGGACCACCAGGUGUUACUGGAAUAAAGGGAUUAGCAGGUUUAGAAGGAAGUCGUGGCAUUUCUGGUGCAAGGGGCUACCCAGCUCCACCGCCGCCAAUCCCUAAGUCAAGAGGAUUCUAUUUUACUGUACAUUCACAGUCAAGAAUGAUUCCACAAUGUCCAUCAGGAACAACACCUAUGUGGGACGGAUUUUCCCUCAUACAUAUUAUAGCGAACGCUAAAGCGCACGGCCAGGAUUUAGGCGCUCCAGGAAGUUGUCUGAGAAGAUUCUCGACUAUGCCGUUUAUGUUCUGUAACAUCAAUGACGUGUGUGAUUUCGCACAGCGGGAAGAUUAUAGUUUUUGGCUUUCAACACCUGAACCAAUGCCAAUGGCUAUGACACCCAUCAUGGCGAGAGACGUCGGCUCCUACAUUUCAAGAUGCCAAGUUUGUGAGUCACCUACAAGGACAAUAGCGAUACACAGCCAGAGUAGCACGCCCCCAGCCUGUCCAAAUGAAUGGGAAGAACUUUGGGUUGGAUACAGCUUUUUAAUGCACACAGCCGGACCAGAUGCAUCUGGGCAAAGUUUGAUCUCGCCAGGCUCUUGCCUGCGUGACUUCAGAACAAGGCCCUUCAUUGAGUGCAAUGGACUAGGACGUUGCAACUACUUCGCCACCGCUGUCUCGUAUUGGCUUUCCACUAUUGAAGACGUAUUUAUGUUUUCGAAGCCAGAACAACAAACACUUAAGAGUGACCACGUUUCUAAAGUCAGCAGGUGUGCCGUUUGUAUGAGGCGGCGUCCAGGGCCGACGAAUCCAUCGGUAUACCAACAGGGUGGAGUGGAGGCUGUUCCCAACGCAGUGGUCAGGAGGCCAUUGUCCCGACAGCGAUACCUACCGGCCGCCGUCAGACACAACCGUGGCAGACGCCGACAUCGAUUCGCAACAUCACACAGACUAUAAUAUCAAGACCAAUAGGAAAAUAAAUGCAGAACAGUCGUCUUCAAUGGAGAAUUCCGAACUGUUCAACAACUAAAUUUUAGGCUACAAUUUAAUAUUAAAGUACCUAAGGAAUUAGAAACUCCAACACACGUGGUACCAUGUUAAUUUUAAUACUGUCUACUUAAAUUUAGGAAAAUCCUCUACAAACGUAAUAUCAUAAAUAGAUUUUUUACGCACUGAACUAUCGAUACUCGAUACUAUCGUACAAUGUUGUUCAACCUCUUCUGAGGUUUUAAAUACCAACGAAUGCCUUUUUUCCUUACUUUUUUGACUAUUUCUCAUAAUGUAGUCUGCUCUCUCUCUCUUAGGUAGAUACUCUACUACAGACUCUACUUAGGUAGAUACUAUUGAAAGUAUAACAGGAGGUCAUACACGAAACACAUUAAAUUUCUCGAUAAAAAAUAAUUGGUAUAUUUGUACCUAUAACUAUAUUGUACUAAAACUUUUAAAAUGUAAGAUUUUCACUAAAUUGCUUUGAAUUUUUGCAAAUUGAAAAAAUAUAACUAUACCUGUGUAUCAUACGGUAUUUGGCCAGCGGUUGCUUUCCAUUUUUUGUACCGAUAGCUUCAAAGCAAUUAUUUGACAAAACCGAAUUUCUAGUUUCAGAUCUAACUUAGAUUAAGGAACAACUAGAUACGGUACUACUUAAGAACAAUAGCUUUUUUAUUACGACAACUUUAUAUUGUUGUGUGUUUUGACUAUUUGUAAAGAUGCUUGUGUGCGUGACAUCUUGACACUCAACGGCAUCUUUCAAAUUUUAUAACUUAUAUACGCUCCGUGUUGUUUUACAUUGAAAUUAAUAAAAAACAAAAUACUUACUAAUGAUACAUGAUCCCAGUGUCUUUCUUAUUUCUUGUAGUAUUAUUUUUACAAUGUUUUACUACUCAACCCGGCAUUUUAGUUUCAAUUAUUAGCAAAGUUUAACAGGACAUGUGAACGUCACACCUUGUUCGAGUACGCCCACUUGGGCGUAGUAUUAGUUUCCGCACUUUGCGACUACGCCUGCGGCAUCUAGUUGGAGCGCAGUGGAGACCAAUCCUUAAUCUAUGGUUUCCAGGUUCACAUGUUAUUAUUUUAUAUAUCUGCUACGCCUGCCUCUCGAUAGCAUAAUAUAGUUGUUCAUGUAUAACCGCGGUACUCAUACCAAACUUAUAAAGUUGUUUCUUUACGCAGUUAUUAUGUUUAGAUAAAAUAUAUUAUCUUGUUAAUUUCAUUUCUUGGCCAUACUACGCAUAUCUUAUAGCGACCAUUAAAAAAAUUGCGCUUAACAUAUUUUGUAAGUAAUUACCUAAACCAAUAAUUACACUUAGCCAAGUCUUAGUCAGUUACUUAAUAUUGAUCUUAUUUAUAAGUAUAGUGUAAACUUGAAAUAUUAUAAUUGUAUCUAUUUUCAUACAAAUAAAAAUGUAAAAAUCCUGUAAAGUAUUUGUAAAUAGAUUACUUAUUUCAAUAUAUUUCCUUACCAAAAUAUAAAAUUAAAUAUA